AUGGGGAUGCCACGUCGGUUGUCCAGUGUGCCAAUCCUCAAGAAGGUCGUGCCACGGGUUGAGCUUCUGCCCCAUCCUCCGGAGGGGUUGUUGCCAGCAACGGCAUCGUCGGCAGGAAACCGAACCGCUCACCGCGGUGUGAACGGAAAGGAAUCGGAAACGGAAGAAAUGGAAUCAAAGAAAAAAGAAAUGCCUUCCCUAAAAUACGAUUUUCUUAACAUUUACAAGUCUCAGCAAGGGGUUAAUAAAGGAUAA